UUUUUUCGUACCCUGUACCUUUUCUCUUUUUUCUAUUAUUUACAAAUAAGAUGGCUGCUCAAGUCGAAGAAGCUACACAAAAGCUUAGUAUUGCUGAAACUAUUUAUGUUGACGAAGUUGCUGGUUGUGAUACCACUGGUAACGGUACCGAAGCUACUCCCUUCAAGUCUGUUUUGAAGGCUAUUGAAGCCAAGGGUGACAGUAUUAAGAUUCAAAUUAAGAAAGACGCUGAAGGCUUUAAGGAAAUCUCUGGUGCUGCUUUCAAGAAGGCCAAAAAGACAUUUGCCGAACAACAAAAGAAAGCAAAGAAACUUGAAGAGCAAAAGAAGAAGCAAGAGGAAGAAUUAAAAAAGAAACAAGAAGAUGAAGCCAAGGCCCUUGAAUACGCCAAGUCUGUUGUUCUCAAGGAAGAUGAGUCUCUUCCUAAAGCUCAAAAGAUCAAAAUCCGUGAUGGUACUGAAAACAGAGGUAAGCGUGUCAAGGUCUCUGGUUGGGUCCAUCGUCUCCGUGUUCAAGGUAAAGACAUGAUGUUUGUUGUCAUCCGUGAUGGUUCUGGUUACUUACAAUGUGUCUUGACUGGUAAACUAUGCCACACCCUUGAUGCUAUCACUCUUUCUAUUGAAUCCACUGUUACUAUCUAUGGUGUCAUCAACGAACUUCCUGAAGGUAAGACUGCCCCUGGUCAACACGAAUUGACCGCCGACUAUUGGGAGGUUGUCAGUAAGGCUCCCAGCGGUGAUGAAGCCUUCACCAACAAGGUCACACCCGAUGCCGAUCCCUCUUAUCUUUUGGAUAACCGUCACCUUGUCAUUCGUGGUGAAACUGCCUCUGCUGUUCUUAGAGCCAGAGCUGAGGUCAUCAAGGCUUUCCGUGCUUUCUAUGAUCAAGAACGCUUCACUGAAGUUACUCCUCCUUGUAUGGUUCAAACCCAAGUUGAGGGUGGUUCUACCUUGUUUGAAUUCAACUACUAUGGUGAAAGUGCUUAUUUGACCCAAUCUUCUCAACUUUAUCUUGAAACUUGUCUUCCUGCUCUUGGUGAUGUUUUCUGUCUUGCUGAAUCUUACCGUGCUGAAAAGUCUCAUACCCGUAGACACUUGUCUGAAUACUCCCACUUGGAAGCUGAAAUGGCUUUCAUUGAAUUUGAUGAUUUGUUAGAUCACCUUGAAAAUUUGAUGUGUUUCGUUAUUGAUCGUGUUCUUGCUGAUGAAGAAACAGCCAAGUUGGUCGAGCAAUUGAACCCUGACUUCAAGAAGCCUGCUCGUCCUUUCCUCCGCAUGAAGUAUGAGGAUGCUAUCAAGUACUUGAAGGAAAACGAUAUCAAAAAGGAAGAUGGCUCAUUCUAUGAGUUUGGUGAAGAUAUUCCUGAAGCUCCUGAACGUGCCAUGACGGAUAAGAUUGGUCGCCCUAUCUUCUUGACUCACUUCCCUCACGAAAUCAAGGCUUUCUAUAUGCAAAAGGUACCUUCUGAUAGACGUGUUACAGAAAGUGUUGAUGUUUUGAUGCCUGGUGUUGGUGAAAUUGUUGGUGGUAGUAUGAGAAUGGAUGAUAGAGAAGAAUUAUUAGCUGCAUACAAGACUGCUGGUAUUGAUCCCUCUCCUUACUACUGGUACACUGACCAACGCAAGUAUGGUUCCACCCCUCACGGUGGUUAUGGUUUGGGUGUUGAACGUUUCCUUGCCUGGCUCCUCAACCGUUAUACUGUUCGUGACUGUAGUCUCUACCCUCGUUUCACUGGUAGAUGUACUCCUUAAUGGACUUGCUUCUUUUUUUUCCCUUCACAUUCACACACACGCACAUACACACUUUUUUACACAUAUACACACACAUCCUAUAUACUGUUUAUUUCUUUUUUUUUUGAAUAUUAAUGAUCUUGUCUGUAUUUUACAAUAAAAAAACCAAGACUAACCAUAGAAAGCAUACCAGAAAAUGUGUAUACAUUAAGAGUGAUCA